UCGCCGUCAUGAACGAGCUUCUUCUCUGGUCGCGCUGCGGCUGGCUUGGUUAGUGAUCGUGACGAUUUUAACGGCGGCACUUUAAUUACAAAUGCACCUUUGCACCAGUGACAGAUAGUGCAAUUACGAUUGGAGUUAAGAAUCAUCAUUUGGAAGCUAGAGGGACGGAUAGAAAAAGUAGAAAACAGCGGGCGUCCUAUACUUGACGCGCUUCUGCCAACGAUGUUCAAGUAGGACGAUUCCUGGUGAUUGGCGAUAGCACUGUUCUAACGCACGGAAGGCGCGUAUUAUGUGAGGAGGAAACCGCGACGAGGGAAACGAAGAUGUCCGCCGUCAGCGUCGUCGCAUGGUUGCUUGGCGCCGUCGCUUUAGCUGCGAUUAAUAAUGAAGUACACUGCCACAACAUGCCAUACGGCGGCAGCGGCAAGAACAGCGACACAUACAACCAGAACGCUCUGGAGGAGGCCACACGAUCGGGACCGUAUUUCGACAAAUCGGCCUCGAAGAACGUGACCGCCCUGCUCGGAAAGACCACGUACCUCAACUGCCGUGUCAAAAAUUUGGGGAACAAAACGAUGACGCUACAAGUAUCGUGGGUACGGCACAGAGACGUCCAUUUGCUCACAAUUGGCCGUUACACGUACACGAACGACCAGCGAUUUCGAGCGAUCCACAACGCUCACUCGGACGACUGGACGCUUCAAAUAAAGUAUCCACAGCAUCGGGACAGCGGUAUUUACGAGUGCCAGGUCUCCACGACGCCCCACAUGAGUCAUCUAGUCCAUUUAAAUGUAAUCGAGCCAAAGACCGAGAUUUUAGGUGCGCCGGAGCUAUUCAUCAAUCGAGGUAGCACCAUCAAUCUCACGUGCGUCGUCUUGCAGAGUCCAGAACCACCCGCCUACAUUUUCUGGAAUCACAACGAUGCGAUAAUCAGCUACGACUCGAGCAGAGGCGGCGUCUCCGUGGUCACGGAGAAGGGUGACAGCACGACGAGUUUCCUCUUGGUGCAAGAAGCGAAGCCGUCGGACUCGGGACGGUACACUUGUAACCCCAGUAAUGCUCAACCGAAAUCGAUCACCGUACACGUACUCAACGGAGAGUAUCCCGCGGCAAUGCAGCACGGCGGUCAGGCCAAACAACCGAGGCUGUACUCCCUUCUGCUCUGCCUGUGUCUGCUACUUUACUAAUUGCUCCAUUCCAUCGCGCAUUUUCGAAGGGAGAAAUCAGAAGGCACUUCCCAGAAAGCGAAGAAGAAGAGAGCGAACGAAAGAACGAGCGAAUGAGAGAAUGUAUGAAAGAGAAA